UAUUCUUGUAAGACUCAUUUUUCAGAUAGCCUACAUGUUUAUUCAUAUUUAUUGCUACUGGGAGCAAACCAUACAGUGACAAACCUGAAUUUACAGUUUAGGCAAAGGGUGUAACAAUAAUUUUGUUUAAGAAUAGCUUGCAGAAAGACAGAAAAUGGAUUCAAGAAAUGCAAGAAAGGUGGAGUUGCAUGGCAGUCAUCACAACCAACAGCCACCGACCCCAAGCCUAGCCAGGAGAAAGAGAAUACAAGAGACGACUGACAUUAGGAGCCCAACGGACAACAUGAUGUCUCCAUGCUCACGCAAACUCAAUGGGAAACCUACCAAAGAUAUGCACAGCCUCUCAGCUGCCCGCUAGACAGCAUUGAAGAGUGACUGCCUGCCUUGCUCAUCAUAUGAUCCCCGGUCCAUGACGUAGAGGAAGGAGACGCCAUUAGACAGGGUGCGAGUGCGAGAGGCUAGGUUACAGAGAGGGUGGAGGAAGUCAAUCAGGUUCAGUGUGAAAGACCGUCGUUUUUUUCUUCUAACGAGGGGAACAGUGUCCACAUUUUACUCUCUAUUAAUAUACCCCCAACUGUCUCUAAUGUGACUGGACCAAGGCGCUUACAUUGGGCUAAUUUGGUUACUUACUGUAGGAUUUCUUCACCAUGGCGGCUGGCGGAGCGGGAGGCAAUAAUAAAACAUAUUCUUUCAAGGUGGUUUUGUUAGGAGAGGGUUGUGUUGGCAAGACGUCACUGGUAUUACGAUAUUGUGAAAAUAAAUUCAACGACAAACACAUCACCACUCUCCAGGCGUCCUUUCUCACAAAGAAACUCAACAUCACAGGGAAGAGAGUCAAUCUCGCAAUCUGGGACACAGCUGGUCAGGAGAGGUUUCACGCACUAGGACCCAUCUACUAUAGAGACUCCAAUGGGGCCAUAUUAGUAUAUGACAUCACAGACGAGGACUCUUUCCAGAAGGUGAAGAAUUGGGUGAAAGAAUUAAGGAAAAUGUUGGGGAAUGAAAUUUGUUUAUGUAUAGUCGGUAACAAAACAGACCUGGAAAAAGAGAGGCACGUGUCCCUGGAAGAAGCAGAAGGGUAUGCAGAGUCAGUUGGAGCCAAACACUAUCAUUCAUCAGCCAAGUUAAAUAAAGGCAUUGAAGAACUCUUUCUCGACCUUUGUAAAAGAAUGAUGGACAUGGCCCAAGCAGAGGAGCGGGCCAAGGGAAACGGCGCAAGUCAGUCGGGGAACGUGCGGAGAGGCGUCCAGAUUGUCGACGACGAGCCACAGGCGGCCACGCCUGCGGGAGGUUGCUGCUCAUCUGGCUAACGCCAAGUGUCCCAUGCCACCCCUCCCAUCUUGCCCCCCUACCCCUACCU